AUGCUAUAUGUAGUAACAAGCAACAAAUUUAAAGAAUAUUGCAAGCAAGAAGAGGAGACUAAGAAACAUAAUGCCCAGGAAGUGGGAAAUCGAAAACUACAAAGAACUUUAAACGAACUUAAGAAAGAGAAAUUAAAAAAGAAUAAUAAAACAAAUAAAAAGGAAACAGUAUCAAAGAAAGAAAACAAUAAUAUUUUUAGUAGAAGAAAGCAGACCAAAACUAUUAGUAAAACUAAGAAUCAUAAGGCAGUGAUUGGUAAAAGUGAUAGAAAAUAUUUUGACGGUGAUGAAUUACCUCUAGCAUACCCGCAAGAUAAAUAUAACGGUGUUGAUUAUGUCAUUGUAUGUUAUGAAAAAAAGCAGUCUCCAGGCGUAAUUAAAAAGUAUGACAACCGAAGUGAGUUCGAGGUGAGUGUUAUGGAGAGGCGACUCGACAGACUAUGGAAAUGGCCGAUAAUACCUGAUCAGAUUUGGUACCCUGAAAAAGAUAUCGUGAAGAACAUAGAACAACCUAUACCAGUCAAUUUUUGA